ACUGAUUCCGACCAGCUCACCAAGCUGGUUUCUGAGGAACCGGUGCCGAGUCGCCUCAGCUUCAGAAUAGCAUCCACACAGCUCCUCUCACCACGCUUCAGAGUAGCAUCCACACGGCUCCUCUCAUCACUUAUCUGUUGGAGGAGAAUCAUGUCCAACUUGUUUUGCUUCUUCUACUUUUGACGGCCACAUCACCAUCGUCGACCUGGACCUGGCCUAGCUUAUCAAAUAUAUGCGGCCCGGUGAGGCCACGAUCCAAUGAAGGUGCAAUCUUUGCUUUUCCUUCAACAUUCUCACCCAGCAAAAGUUGAGAGGAAGAGAUGCCGCGUCACAGUUGGUUCCUGUAUGAUGUUGCGGGAAUCUGCUGCAACUACAGCACAACCCUCCUCCCGCGACCCUUGCCUGCCGCCGCCACCCACCCUCUCCCUCUCGCGCGCGGUGCCUAUGAUGGGAACGAGCACGGUGGCCAGGGCGGAGUUCCCUGUUCAGGCGGCGGCAGGGGCGGCCACCUCCAUAGCCGGAGGGUCAGCUGGGAUCGGUCUCCGGCGUGCUCUCAGGCGAUGGUUGCUGGCGGCGGUCGUGGAUCUGAUGCUCGUUCAGAUCCAUCGCGAAGUGGCCCUUGGCCGGCCGGCAGCACAUAGAAGGGUCGGUGAGGGGCGGCUGGAGGUCAUCCUCGACCGGCGUUCCGGCGGCUGCGUGCGUCUUCACAGCGCGGCUUCGCAUGGAUCCCAUCAACUACGGAGUUGGGUGGUACCAUUGUCGGUGAAAAUCAUGUCGACUUCGGUCAUGGCGAACGAUGACGGCAUCGCUUUGAUGCCGUUUUCUUGUCCAGACAUCGUUGUUGUAGUCUGUGUUACCUCACUCGGGCUGCUACGGGAAAACUCUAGAGUUGGUUCUCUCCGAUCAGUUGAUGUCGACGUCUUUGAUGUUGUUUUCCCUCCUUGGGGCAUCGUUUUAGAGCGGGUGCUGGCUGAAGUGGCCAAGAGGUGGAGCUAUCUUGGAUCUACUGCUUCGACGACAGCAAGUUUUAGCCCGUGGCGCAAUGGAGUCUUGGCGAUAGAUAAGCGCAGUGUGGUGGAGCUGUCAUGCAUCAUGGUGGCGUCGACUACAGUUGGGCCCAGCAAGGUCAAUAUGUUGAUCCCUUCUAAAGAUGGGACGAAGGAAGAUGGCGGCGACAGCGGAUUUCGAGUGUGUGCAUGCUAUGUGUGUUGAGGGUUUGCUAUAGCGAUUGCUGCUUUCGGUCCGCUAUGGGGCGGCUUUGCAAGGCCAUCGGCUUAGAUGGUGUGUGGUGAUGCAAGGUCAGGGCACAUUAUCAAAUUUAUGGGUGUAGCGACAAAGGCCGCUAGAAAGGUGUCUUUGAAUUGAUCAAUGUAUUUAUUUUGUUUGUUGAAUAAUAUACUUCCUCCAUUUUUUA